AUGUCCAAAUAUAACAACAGGUGGAAAUGCGAGGAAAUAAUUGCGGCACAUGUCUUGCAGUCAGUUUCAAGAUGCAUGAACGUCUUUGGUCACAUUGUAAGCGAUAGGAAGUUAGUUGUGGAAAGAAUAGGUAGAGUAGCGCAGUCAUUCAGAAGGGAGGAGGAUGGUCCUGCAGACUUCAGCAUUUCGAGAGUGGCUAGCAAGGCGCGUAGCGCUCCUAAUUUCAUUAGCGACGCAUUUGCUUCGAAAUGGAUCACAGGCUCAGAAGAAAACCGACGCAUCUACAGAGAUCCACGGAAUAGGGUGGUCGAGUCAAUCAAACUGGCAUGGCCGGAUCUUAAACCUUAUCUAAAGCACGCUGGAUGGUUUGACGAACGGAACUGGCCUCAAGACCAGGUAAAUGUGAUGAUUGAUCUCAGAAAUCUCGUUGGGUCCCAUGGGCGCGAAUACAGUUGGAUAUACUUGGCUCAGCAUAUGGAAGCGAAAGCAGCUGAAAUGGGAUUGGAGCGAAGGAAAUACUCUGGCGAGGCAGUUGAGGACAAUUAUCUGGCGAGCAAGGAGGACUACGAUAUGUUUUCCCCCUUGGAUCCCGACCGUUUCAAGCCAGAUGCUCGUCGAAAGGAGGACUACGAUAUGUUUUCCCCCUUGGAUCCCGACCGUUUCAAGCCAGAUGCUCGUCGAAAGGAGAUUGAUCUAAAUAAGCCCCAGGACAAGUGGGAUCCAGUUACUAUGGGAUGCACACCGGAUUUCUACCCAAAUACCACGUCAUCUGCCACCGCAGCUGGGUCAAACGCAAGCACCGAAACCGGUCCAUAUUAUGGAGAAUGGCAUGACCCAAGUGGUGAGAACUACGCCUACAACUAA